CACACUUUGAGCUUCACACCACCAAGUCAACAACCCCUGACUGGCACAUUUUCCCUUUACACAGCAUUGCAUCGGAUAUUUCUACACACAGCCCAUCACUACAUUACUACAUAUUACGAGGCCUUGAAGGAGGAGCACCAGUGUAACCAUCCUUACGUCAUACACCACGCGCACACAAUGACCAAAAUCGGGGUCUUUCCUGCAGCAGGAGGACUGGGGACCAGCAUCAUCAAUCACCUCGUCCAGCUGGUGCCUGCAUCGGAACUGAUCCUGAUCGCCCGCAAGCCAGAUAAUCUCGCAGAACUCACGCGGGCCGGAGCUACCGUCCGACGGGCCGACUAUGAAGACCCCGCCACGCUAGAGCGCGCCUUCGAUGGCAUCGACGCCCUGAUGUUGAUCUCGUAUGCCUCGUUCGAGAUCCAGUUCCGCUUCGAGGCGCAUAAGAACGCCAUUGAUGCUGCCCGCCGCAGCGGCGUCAAGCACAUCUUCUAUUCGUCUCUCGCCUUUGCAGGCGAUCUAGAGGAGACUAGCGUUGCGCACGUGAUGGGCGCCCAUCUGCGGACCGAAAAGUAUUUGGCCGAACUUUCCGGGCACAUCACCUACACCGCUAUCCGGGAGGGUCUGUACUCGGAGUCCUAUCCGAUCUACACCAGCUGGUUCGAUAUCCACCACCCCGCAGACGAGAUCGCGAUCCCUCACUCCGGCGACGGACCGGGCGUUGCGUGGGUGGAACGUGACGAGCUGGGCGAGGCCACGGCGAAGCUGAUUGCAGACUAUGCCAAGAAUCCGGCGGGGUUCCCCUACCUGAACCGCGUGCUCUUGCUCUCCGGCCCCAGGGAGAUCUCGCUGAAGGAGACUGUUGAAAUUCUCGGCCAGGCCGUUGGCAAGCCCCUCCGCUUGCGGGAGAUCUCUGUUGACGAGUAUGUGGCUUUGCCGCAGCACGGAUCAAAACACACCUAUCACGGUAUCGAUUUGACAAGGGAAUGGGCAACCGCGUGGGAUGCGAUCCGUCGUGGGGAGACGGCCGUGGUGUCGCCGCUCCUGAGGGAGCUCUUGGGACGAGAACCUGAGAGUUUUGAGACGACAGUACAAGCGUUGGCUAGGAGCAAGUAGAUAGCUUACCACAAUUCCUUCGAUCCCAUCCUGUCUUUGCAUGGCCACCGGGAAGCCUGUGAGGUAACUGCCGCCUGUGUCGUAGAUCUGAAGUCUCGUGCCGGGGGAUGCCCCUCUUUACCGGCAUCCUAUCUGCCG